AAUUACAUACAUGUGUAGCGUUCGGUGUGUAUGAUAACUUCCGCGUUGUGUCACAUGACUUGUCGCGAUGAGUCACUUCUCGCGAGAACAACACAGCUCGUUGGUGGCGACUGGCGAGGAUUUGCAAAUGGAGGUUGCGGAAAAUCUCAGACUUUGAACGACAAUAGGUACAUGCAGCCAUGUCUGAUUCUCUGUACGAGAAAUUUUUGGCCCCCGAGGAGCCAUUCCCUCUCCUCUCCCAAAGAGCCAAUCUCAGUGACGUGGGCACCCUUGACGUCAGUGAUUUUGGCUGUCAGCUCUCAUCCUGUCACAGGACGGACCCCCUCCGCCGCUUCCACGGCAACAGGUGGAACCUGACUUCCUGCGGGACAAGCGUGGCCAGCUCCGAGUGCAGCGAGGAGCUCUUCUCGUCUGUGUCUGUAGGCGACCAGGACGACUGCUACUCCCUACUGGAUGACCAGGAUCUGACAUCCCUGGACCUGUUUCCCGAGGGCAGCGUGUGCAGUGAUGUUUCCUCCUCCAUCAGCACCUACUGGGACUGGUCUGACAGCGAGUUUGAGUGGCAGUUGCCAGGAAGCGACAUCACCAGCGGCAGCGAUGUCCUGUCCGACAUCAUUCCUAGCGUCCCGAGUUCACCUUGUCUGGUUCCCAAGAGGAAGCCCAAAGCUCACCCGCACCGCAACCUGGACGAGCUGCCUUGGAGCGCCAUGACCAAUGACGAACAGGUGGAGUACAUCGAGUACCUGAGCCGUAAGGUCAGCACAGAGAUGGGCCUGCGAGAGCAGCUGGACAUCAUCAAGAUCAUCGACCCCUGCGCUCAGAUCUCCCCCACGGACAGCGAGUUCAUCAUCGAGCUCAACUGUCUCACCGACGAGAAGCUCAAGCAGGUGCGUAACUACAUCCGAGAGCACAGCCCGAGGCAGCGGGCCAGCAGCAUCCGAGAGGGCUGGAAGAGGAGCAGCCACAGCAGCGCCAGCACAGGCGGCGUCAGCGGGGUCAGCAGCAGCAACGCCAGCAUGGUCAGCUCGGCGAGCUCCUCGACGGGCUCCACUGCAUCCAACUCUGUAGCGGGUGGCACAGCUUCAGCCUGCAGCGGAAGCAGCGUCGCUAACAUUAGCAGAGCCCACAGCGACGGCAAUCUGUCCAGCGCUGCAGAACGCAUCAGAGAUUCCAAAAAGCGUUCCAAGCAACGCAAGCUCCAGCAGAAAGCUCUCCGCAAGCGGCAGCUGAAGGAGCAGCGACAGGCCCGCAAGGAGCGUCUGAGCGGCCUCUUCCUCAACGAGGAGGUGCUGUCGCUGCGAGUGACCGAGGAGGACGACCACGGAGACGACCUGGACAUACUCAUGUGACACCAGUGAACCAAUCAGUGCUCCCUCUAAACGCCUGCUCUCGCCACCGUAGAUAGCUUAGCAUGCUUAGCCGUGGCUAACGCCAACAUUCUUCUGGUACUUGUCAACAUGAUACCUUUGCCAGUGGCUAUUUUGACUAAUCCCUGCACUAUUUAAAUGCCUCUAGAACCAUCUAGAACAUUGUAGACUAGCUAAGCUAACUAACCGAGACACCGCAUGUAGAAGGACAGAUGCAGCACCCACGUAUCUAAGUAGUGGAUUUCCGACGUGCAGGACUGAGCUGCUCUGUCCUAUCUUCUGGUGCCGUUGCACUGCCAAGGCGUUAGAGGGGGCACUGACGCACUGCAUGUUCUCACCCACACCAUGGUUCCAUAACUUUGUUCCUUUUAUCGACCCGCCCCUUAUCCAUGUGUUGUAAAUAAAUAACGGCAUAUUUACUGCUUGCUUUUUAAGAUUAGCCCUAGUGAUAAAGGUUUCAUUUGAUGUUUUCUCCUUUCCUAUCUGUGUGACAAUAGUGACGCCACAGACGCUUUGCGCAAUCAUAUUUAGACUCAUUUGGGUUUACGUUGUUGCUUUCAACCCUUUUGUUUGUUUCCUGAUAGCACUCCGAAUGUAACUCUGCCACCAACACUUUGUGAAUGAGUAGGGCGAAUUGGAAGAUUGUGUGUUCAUGUACUGUACAUAUAGCGGCGGUGGUUUCUGAUGAACGCUAAUAUACCCAGGCAAGGACCGUGUUGGGUGGCAUUGACGCUACCUGAGCUAAAAGUCACAGGCCGCUUGUUUUCUCCAUCUCUGCUUUGAUGUGUUGAACCACUCAGUUCAGACUCUACUUUAUUGUAUACUCUAAUUUCUCCUGAAUGGACUUUUCAUUGCAGCAAUUAUUUUCCAAAGCAGUUCUAUGUAUUCCGUAGUGUUGAAGUAGUAAAAAAACUAUUUUGGGGAGGAGGAAAAACAGAAUUUUGGAAAGAAAACGGACUGAUUCAUUGAAAUUAAUUGUGUAUAUAAAGUUUUGAUGAUUAUGACAUUAAACAUCUUUGGAAAAAUAA